CUGGUCGAGGCGGGACACAGGCGGGGCGUCACGGCCUCUCCUGCUGCAGCGGUGAACAUUUCUUCUCGCUAAAAGAUCUUUCUGCUUUGGCCUCCUCCUGCCUCGUCCUCGAAUAUAAGGAAGGAGGAAGGAUGGAGGGGGAAGGGGAGAAUGGGGAGGAGGGGCUGAGGGCAGCAGCUGCUGCAGCCGCAGCAGCAGCAGCAGCAGCAGGAGCCUGGACCACCACUUAUCAGACCGGGGAGCUGAGCAAUGUGGUGCAUAUCAUUGUGCCAGACCUCACCUGCAUCCCACAGAACCAGCCCAAUGAUGCCUUGGCCACGGCCCUGAGUGAGGUGACAGCGGGUGGGGAGCUAGUGGGGCAGGACGAGGCAGGUGGACAGGUGAAGGAUCCACUCUCGGCCCUGGCAGCUGCUGCAGAGCUGGACCAAGUGCGCAAUGAUGUUGCUGUGGUGGAGCACAUGAUGGAGGAAACCAAGUACAGUCACCUGGCUGGAGAGCUUGGGGGUCCUGACCAGCACCAGCAGCACCAGGACCAGCGUGGUGUGUCAGUGAUGACUGACGACCCAGAUGGCCUCAACUCUGGCGUGGUGGUGAAUCUGCAAAUGGAGGACAAGGUACCUCCCAUGAUGCCCCUGCCUCUUGCACCCUUCCUGAACCACACUGACCCUGAUGUCACAUUCUACAAUGAGGUGUACCAUUACUUGCAUUCAGGCAUCUUCCCGGAUGGAGCCUCGGAGGCAGACAAGAAAGUCAUCAAGAAGCGUUCCACCAACUAUAUGAUCAAUGAUGAAGGAAUGCUGUCAUAUGGCCAGAAGGUGCCCAAGGAUGUAAUAACCAGUGUUGAAGAGCAGAUGCGCAUCAUCGAGGCUGAGCACAUUGACCACGCCACUGGUGUGCACUUUGGAGUGAAGAAAAUGUACAACACCAUCACCUCCAACUUCUACUGGCGCACUCUGUAUGUCGACAUUGGAAACUACUGCCGGCGCUGCGAGAAGUGCACCGAGGUGGCUGUGUCUGGGCACCGUGACGGCCUGGGGCAGGACGGCAUGGAGGACCCAGUGGAUGAGGACUCCCAGAAGGUCACCACACUGCCCACAGAUCGGGUCAUCAGAGUUUGGAAGAAGGUGCAGGUGAAGAUCUAUGGCCCUUACAACAGGACGGUGUAUGGCAACGAGGUACUCAUCACCAUUGUGGAUCCCUUCUCCAAGUGGAUCAUGGCCCACCCCAGCCCGGAGGCUGGGGUGGAGGUGCAGUGUGCCAACUUUAUCUUUGAUGCCUUCUGCCAGUUUGGCUUUGCUCAGUGCCAUGUAGUUGGAAUGAGCUCAGAGAUGUUUGAGCAGAUGCAGGCAUGUUAUAAGGAGAAGUUUGACCGCUCUCAGGAUGUGCUAAGAACUCUGGUGCCAUUUGACUCUGAAGAUGCUCAGAACAGCUUCCUCUUCACCUUACAGGAAGAGUCCCGGGAGUGUGCGUGGGCAGGUGAAAUGUUGGAUAACUUCUGUACAGAGAAUCCUACGGUUUGGGAUCAGGAGGUGAACCGCUUCCUCUUCCAGUUUCGCACAAUUGUCCCGUGUGUUGGCAGUGUGUCUCCCUUCAACCUGAUGUUUGCCCGCAACCCAACAGGUUAUGUCAGCAAAGAGGAGAAAGAGAAUAUCAAUAUUCUGGAAGAGGAGAAAGCAUUAGAGGUGCCAUCUAAGAGAAGGCCACUGCAAAGCUCCACUCUACAGUGCCGCCACUGCCAUGAGACCUUCACCAGCAAGAUCAGUUUCCGCAUCCACCAGAGGAAGCACACGGAGGAGGCCCGCAAACGAGGCACCAUGGAUGGGGAGGAGCCUCUGCGCCCCAUCCUUCAGGAAAAGAAGUCCCAGCCACGGAAGAUUGCUACUCGCAAGAGAAGGCGGCCAUUUGGAAGAGGUCCUGAGCGUCUUUUAACACUUGCCUCUUGUGACUGGUCUGACCAGCAGAAAGAGAGCGUGCCAAAGGAUGAGAACCGACAGCAGCUGACCCAGAACACAGUAAUGGCAGUCAAGGCGCUCCUCAAUGCCACCAAGGAUGAACGCAGCAAGCGUGGCAAGUACAUUAAGUACACGCCUGAGCUGAGGGAUGAGAUAGCGCAGUACGCCCUGACGCAUGGUAACCAUGAGGCAACCAUUCACUGGUCUCAUCGGCUGGGCGGCACUGUCAGUGAGAGCACCAUCCGGAACUUUAUCAAGACCUACAAGAAGUUCACGGUGGAGGUGAAAGAAGAGAUUGGGAAGUUUGCAUUCCAGUAUGGGAUUGAUGAAGCCUCCAAGCACUUUUCUGAAAAGCUUGGUUUUGAGGUCAGGAAAGGAUUGGUUAGGAAAUUUAAAAAGAACUACCUCAAAAAGUUCCCAGACAUUGGUGAGAUGGGCGGGGAGCUGCCGGGCGGCACCAGUGGGAAGCGUGGUGUUAACCUGCCCAGCACGUCAGCGCGGCAGAAGCGUUCAUACUCCCUGCAGAUGAAGGAUGAGAUCGGCCGCUACGCCAUGCAGUACGGCAUCAAUGCUGCCAUCCAGCACUACACGGAAAAACUGCAGUUCACUGUCAAGGAAUCUACCGUACGCAAGUUCAAGAAGCAGUAUGCUGACAGAGGCAAUGGUGAAAACGGCACCAUACCUGUGACAAGCAGUGCUAAUGAGAAUACUGGGGUGGUGGGAGGUGGUGGUGGUGGUGGGGGUACAGGUGGGGGUGGUGGCACCACUGUCCUAACAGACCACCAGGCUGCUGCUUCACAAACCAUUGACGUCCUUCAUCCGUCACUCUCGGUUCUGAAUGCUCCGGCUGUCUCAGGUGCUGUCAAUGUCAGCACCGCCAAUAACUUCGUGUAUCAGCACCCAUACCACUUAAAUAUGGCGCCAGGACCUCAGACCAACACUGUUCUUCCCAUGAACCACAACUCCAUUGCAUUCCAUCAAGGUGGUGUGAUCAACCAGGGCAUGACAGCCUCCCUGUCGUACCAGCAGACGGGCACACCCCCCGGUCCCUCUGUCAUUAUGAACCAGAGCUUCACUCACCAGGCCCCCACAGGGUUCCAGCAGGGCUACGUGGGAGGAUUCUCUCAGGGGAGUGGUGCUGGAGGCUCAGUGCCUCAUGGUGGCCAGAUAGCACCCCUGGCCAUGACGCAUGCAAGUGUUGCUGCCACCACCAUGGCCCACUCUCCUCUGCCCCUCACCAUGGCUGGUGCACCAGCCACACACAUAUCCCAGCUGAGCCACCAUGGUGUGGCCACCCCUGCCAGCCAGGCACACCUGGCCCAGGCCCCUGCUGCCCCUCACACAGUGAGUGGUGGUGCACAGCAUCCCACUCAUCAUCAGCUCAUUACCUCCUUCCACCAACCACUGGCUGGCUCACUGAGCUUUGAAGGUACUGCACUUCCAGCUCAUGGCCAGGCCAGUGUCAGUAGUGAGCCUCUAAGCCUGAUGAAGGAGACACACGAACAGCCAGCAGGAGUGGCUCUGGGCCAGGGUGAUGACAGCCUUCAUGGGCCAGGUGGGGAUGGUGGGGCAGCUCACUCUGGCCUGGCCCACAUGGGAGGAGACCAGCCCGGCACCUCAGAGCAGCACGAGAUCCUUGGCAUGGAUUAUGAAGAUGACUUCAGUGAUCCUCCGACCCCAAGGAAGAAGAAGGGGAAGGGCGGUCGCAUUAAAGCCCGGAGCAGAAUCCUGGGGAUGAGCAAGCGGGGCCAUUACGCAUCAUACAGUCCUGAGCUGCGGGCUGAGAUAGGGAAGUACGCCACCAAGCAUGGCAACUUGGCGGCCGUGCAGCACUUCAAGGAGCAGCUUGGCUUUGAGAUCCCAGAGAGCACCGUGCGUGGCCUGAAGGACAAGUACCUGAUUAAACGUGCCCGGGGCAAGAAGGAGGUGGUGUCCAUAGGAUUCGCCCAGAGGGGCCGGCCCAUGCGUCUGGGGAAGUAUGACGAGAUUGUCCAGGACUGCAUCCGACAGUUGGUCAAGGAUGGGGAGAAGGUCUCAUCAUUCCUAGCCAUUGCCACGGCCAAGCAGGUGUUGAUGCAGUAUGAGCCCAGCCUGCUGGAAGAACACGGUGGACCUGUCAGGCUGAACCCAACGUGGGCGAAGAGCUUCCUGAAACGUAUUGGACUGCACCAGCUGGCUUAAUGCACCUGUGUCCAUGCAAUGCUGUGUAUUGUCCUGACCAGAGGAGUUCUGUUGUACAGUAUUCUUGUAUAAAGUAAACAAAUUACAUUUUGUUUAAGUUAAAAUAUAAAUGUUACUUCAGAAACUGAAGAUGUACCAGAAGGCAGUGACUACCUCUUGCUUCUAUGACUGCUGCAGCUACUGUUACUGCUACUACUACUUUACUACCUCCAGUGUGGGCAAUGUGUAGCUGAGGCAAACUGGCUGAUGGAUGUGUAUAUACUUUUUUUUUUAUCAGCCAUGCUUGCUCUUCAGCUUAUAAUUGAUAAUGGUGCAUAUUCAGUGAGAAAUCUUGUACUGUUAUUUAGUACAAGUGGGAAAUCUAUUUGUUCUUCCUUUUUAUUUAUUUAUAUAAUGAGGAAGAGGAGAGUUCCAUUUUUAUUGUAUUUGUUAUUAGCUUCCUUUCCACAUUAGGGAUAGAAAAUGAGAUGAAACGCCAUUUGUAAAAGCUCACCAUCCUAAGAAAGAUGAAAGGUUCAGGUUAGUCGAGGAAUUAGUAAAGUGGCUGGAAAAGAAAUCUACAUAUUUAAAACACAAGUAAAAUGUACACAUCUCAAAGUGUGUAGAUUCAUCUUGGAUAACUACCACUACGUUUGCCAUUAAAUCAUUGGGAUACUUGUAGAAUUGACAACAUAAGAAUACCUGCUUGUGACUAACUGAAUGUUCUGUUUGUGCCAUUUACUUGUGUUUGGAAGUCUAUGACUACUGGCCAUCACCACAGGUUGCUGGGAGCUUGCAAAUAAAGGCACAGAUCACACCUUGACUCGGCUGAAGCAAGGAGUCUGUGAAACAUGCAGCUCUGGUGAUUAGUGUGACAUGCAGGUACAUCUGUGAUUUUACAAACCACCAAUUGGUCCCUUUCCCAGUAUCAUACCUGGACAGAAAAUUGAGACUGGCAUCAAGGAGUACAAGGAAAAAGAUUUUUCAAAUAAACAAGUAUCUUUGACAUUCGAAAGUAUUGUUAGUCUUAAGGGAGAUGUUUUCUCCUUGCCAUUCUCAGCUUUAUGGUUGGGAACAAUACCAGAAAGGAGCCAGGAUGAAUCUACACACACACUUGGAUAUAUAUUGAUUUUUUCUUGACAUUUUUAUUGAGAGUACAUUGCGGCCACAGUACAAUCCAUUUCAGAUCCCUGAUAUUACAGCUAGGCAUUCAGAGCAGCAUUAUAUUAAAGUUGCAUUUAGUUCAGGUUAUGUAUUCAAAUCAUUAAUGGCUGGAAGUGACUUGGAGAAACUGCCACUAUUCCUGCAGUAUUGCAAGUAGGAGCAUGAUGCCUUGAGAAGAAAAGUAAACAUAUGAGAUUUUUCAUUUUGUAAUUGCUGAAGUUGAAGUACUUGUAAAAACUUCAGAGACAACCAAGAUCUGAGUUGCUGCAGUGUUGUGGAAUGAAGUGACUAAUGUUGCUAAGAGCUGCAAGUACAGUUGGCACAAUAAGUCAAGUAACCUUUCAGACUUCCACUGUGUUUUGGGUCUUCCUUAUGUCUCAUGUUCUCUUACCAGCUGACAGCCUCUUUAUUGAACUAACAACUGGUAAAUUUUCUUGAGACCAGAAGACUUAAGAUAGCAGUAAAAUGCAAAUACAUUGGAGGUGAAUGUUGUUUGUUACUUGGCUAUUGACAAUGACUAUGUCACCAUACAUUCUGAAAGUAUGGCAGAGGAAAGUUGUGGUGUCUGCAUAACACAAGUGACCCUCUUUGCUGACUGUACAUUAGUAGGAUGAUUGGGCUAGUGCUUGAAUUUGAUACUGUUCAAUUCAGACUGAUGUUGGUGUUGAGGUAAGAGAACCAUGCACAAAGUCCUUAGUUGGUAUUGGUUUAAAAUGUUAAUAUAGUACAAUAUUUCUGAAAUCACAUGAUGAGUCAUGGAGAAAAUGUGUGAAUCUAAUAGAAAUGAACAUUAUGAACUUUUUAUUACUUUUAUUUGUUAAUUUGUGAAUUUUAUAAAUAAAUUAAAGUGUUAAA